AUGGGGCAUGGAAACCAAACUGAGUUCCAUUUCCGUCCCUUCUCAACCCUGCCUGAGACACAGUUGAUCAUUUUUCUGUUCUUCCUGAUCCUGUACAUACUCAGCCUCCUUGGAAAUGCCACCGUGGUGCUCAUUGUUCAUGUCAACCACUCCCUCCAUACCCCCAUGUAUUUUUUCUUGGCCAUCCUGGCGGCUCUGGAGAUCUGUUACUCUUCUGUUAUUGCUCCCUUGGCCCUAGUUAACCUUCUAUCCCAGAAAAAUGCCAUAAUCUCCUUAAGUGGUUGUGGAACCCAGAUGUUCUUCUUUGUCUUCUUGGGAGGGGCGGACUGUGUCCUGUUGGCCGUCAUGGCUUAUGAUCGAUAUGUGGCAAUUUGCCAUCCACUACACUAUGUGCUUAUCAUGAGCAAAAAGGUUUGUACAGGCCUUGUAGCUGCGUCCUUGCUGCUGGGGUUCAUGUUGUCCUUACAGUUGACCAUUCUUAUCUUCCGCCUGCCGUUCUGUGGCAGUAAUGAAAUCAAUCACUUUUUCUGUGACAUUCCAGCCAUCCUGAAAUUGGCUUGUAGUGACACACAUGUACACCAGACAGCUCUCUUCAUAGUUAGUGUCAUAGUCCUAACGGUACCCUUCCUUCUAAUCUGUAUCUCAUACACUUUCAUUGUGGUAUCCAUCUUGCAUAUCAGCUCUGCAGAAGGCCGCCAACGAGCCUUCUCUACAUGUUCAUCCCAUUUAAUGGUUGUCCUGUUACAGUAUGGCUGCUGCAGUUUCAUAUAUUUACGCCCCAGCUCCAGUUACUCCCCAGAAGAAGGUCGAAUAGUAUCUGUGGUCUACACCUUUGUUACUCCUUUGCUGAAUCCUUUGAUUUACAGCAUGAGGAACAAGGAAUUAAAGGAUGCACUUAUCAGAGCCAUGAAAAGUGCUUUCCCAGAAAAAAGAGCAUUCUUUAUCAAUCUUGGCCUGCUCUUGAAUGAACCUUCAGACAUCCAAGAUAUGAAGGGAGGCUGCAUCCGCUACUCACUCCCCAAGGACCGUGGGAGGUAUGAAAAGACUCCACUGCCAGGAGCGGUGGGAACGGACAGCGUUGUGUUCUUAAUGCCAGGCAUCGAAAUAAGGAAGCAGCACGGUUUCCAACAGGAGCACAGCAUUCUCAACAUGCCUGUUUACAUGGAGAGGGAAAAUCAAACUGGCAUGGCACAGUUCUACUUCCAUCCCUUCACAUCCCUCCCAGAGAUGAGGUUGCUGAUUUUCUGGGCUUUUCUGAUUCUGUACCUGCUUAGCAUCUUUGGAAAUGCCGCUAUUGUGAUAAUUGUCUACAUUGCACACUCCCUUCAUACCCCAAUGUAUUUUUUCUUGGCUAACCUGGCAGUUUUGGAGAUUGCCUAUUCCUGUGCCAUUGCCCCACUAACUCUGGCUAACCUUGCAAGAAAAGUCUCCAUAUCCUUGGCUGGAUGUGGUACCCAGCUGUUCUUCUUUACCUUUCUGGGAGGAGCUGACUGCGUCCUGCUGGCUAUCAUGGCCAUCUUGCGAAUCCGCUCAGCUGCAGGCCGGAAACGAGCCUUUUCCACUUGUUCUUCACACUUAAUGGUUGUCCUUUUACAGUAUGGCUGUAGCAGUUUAAUAUACCUACGCCCCAGCUCUAGCUACUCACUGGAAGAAGGUCGUGUGAUUUCAGUGUUCUACACUUUUAUCACUCCUGUAUUGAACCCCCUGAUCUAUAGCAUGAGGAACAAGGAGUUAAAAGAUGCAUUGAACAGAGCCUUGACCAGAAAAGUGGUAUCCCAGAGAAAAUGA